UAUGAGAUCAUAUAUCUUAACUAUUAUCCUGCUACAAACUAAGAAAAACCAAAAAGAGGUUUACAAACAUUUGCAAAAAGUUCCCCUGCCGUGCGCAGAAUGAAAGUCAAAGAUGUUUCAUUAUAUAUGAUUUAUGCUGCCAAGGAAAAUCCUCACUUAGCUCAAAAACUACAUGAUGUUUUACUUGAAAGUGGUGUCAUUGCUCCUCCAAAUUUAUUUUCUGAAAUUUAUCACGAGUUAGGCUCCCCAACUGAAGAAAAAGAUGAACACGAACCAGAAAGUGGACAAGAGACUCAGGUUGACGAGAAUCUCGGUCCUACUUUGCCUCACCACAGAGUUCAUCCGAAAGGAAGUUCAAGCAGCCAGCUGGAGCACUCUAAGCCUGUUGAAGGUUUAGGAAUAAACCUUCUUCUUGAUCCGAAGUUAGCAGCUGUACAACAUACACCAUCCCAGGUAACAUAUGGGAAAAAUAUUCCAGUUGCGGCUGCUGCAGCUGCUGCAGCUGCUGCUGUUGUUGCUUCCUCUAUGGUAGCUGCUGUAGCAAAGUCAAACACUGACUCGAACAUUGAGCUUCCAGUAGCUGCAGCGGCCACUGCAACUGCUGCAGCUGUAGUAGCAACCACUGCAUCUGUCAGCAAACAGUAUGAGCAAGGCAGUCGAAGUGACGGACACAUGGAUGGCACUGGCUAUGAGCCAAAGGGUAGUGGUGAUGGUGAGAAUAUUGUGGUAGGAGCAAAUUCAGAAGGUGAUAGAAUAUCUGAUAGAUCUAUAGUAAGCAAUGACAGUACAAAAUCUGAUUUUACAUUUGAUGAUGUUGCCGAGUAUGACAUUCCGUUGGAGGAAAUCACACUGGGUGAACGUAUCGGACUUGGAUCGUAUGGGGAGGUAUACUGUGGUGAAUGGCGUGGAACAGAAGUUGCUGUAAAAAGAUUUCUUGAUCAAGAUAUAUCUGGUGAAUCACUUGAAGAAUUCACAAGUCAGGUUCAAAUAAUGAAAAGACUGAGGCAUCCAAAUGUUGUUCUCUUCAUGGGAGCAGUUACUCGAUGUCCGAAUCUUUCUAUUGUUACUGAAUUUCUUCCCAGAGGAAGUUUGUACAGACUAAUUCAUCGACCAAACAAUCAAUUAGAUGAGCGAAGGAGGUUGAGGAUGGCCCUUGAUAUUGCCUGAGGAAUGAGCUAUUUGCACAACUGCACUCCAGUGAUUGUACACCGUGAUUUGAAGUCACCAAAUCAUCUUGUUGAUAAAAAUUGGGUUGUGAAGGUGCCAACUAAUUGUCAUGAUUGAAUUUUCUUGAUAGCAUGCUGAAUGCUACCUGUAGAUAUGGUUUAAUUUGAAAAUAUCAUUUUUUUAGUUGUUCAAUUAUAACUAUAAU